AUGGGCCUCACGUUCUACUUUGCACCCUUUUCCACCGCGGUCAUCACCGCCACGGUGCUGGACGAGCUCGAGCACGGCCAGUCCCCGCUGGCCGAGCGCGUCGAGCUCUCCCUCGGCGACGGUACCCGCUCCCCCGAGUUCCUGGCCGUCAACCCCAACGCCAACGUGCCGGCCAUUGUGCACGACGGCGUCUCGGUGUGGGAGUCGGCCGCCAUCACCAUGUACCUCGGGGAGACGUUCGGGGUGCGCCGGUCGCUGUACCCUGACCUGGGGCCGCGGCGCGGCGAGGCCAUGAAGUGGAUCGUCUGGACCAACGUCAGUUUCCUGGCGCACGCGAGCCGGCUGGGUGCGCUGCUGCGCGCCGACCGCUCGGGCGACACCGAGGCGCAGGCCGAGGCCGCGCGGAUCGGAGAGCGCGACGCGAGGGCGGGCGUGGACCGGGCGCUGGGCAUCCUGGACGCCGCGCUGCGGGGCAGGGACUACCUGCUCGGCGAUGCGUACUGCCUGGCCGACACGCACGUCUGGGCCCUUUUGCCCUGGCUGGCCAUGCUGAAGGUGGAUCUGGACGGGUUUCCGGACGUCAAGGCCUGGCAGGCGAGGGUUGCCGCCCGGCCGGCGCUGAAGAAGGCGGCUUGA